AUGAAUCCUACCAUGGCACUCGUCGAGACUUCAGUUGGAUAUCCUCCCGUGGAAGAGAAGAAACCAUUUGAAGAACCCCCCGCAGUCGUGAUUACACCUUCCGAUCCAUGGCCGCGACCAUAUUAUUUAGAUAAUGGGUUACGCAGAGUCGCGCCGUACCAUUUUACCUACAAUACAUACUGCAAACAAAGAUGGAGAGGGAGAGAAAUAUUGGAUAUAUUUUCAAGCGAAUUUCGAGAUAGGCCAUUAGAAUACUACAAAGAUGCCAUGGAGCGCGGAGCUAUCGCUGUGAAUGGAAAACCUGUCGAGUCAACUUCACAAAUCAUCAAGAAUGGAGAUGUUAUAUCACAUACCUUACAUCGACAUGAACCUCCCGUUACAGCUCUGCCAAUAUCAGUCGUACAUGAAGAUGAAGACAUCAUUGUCAUUAACAAACCUUCCGGCGUCCCCGUCCACCCAGCUGGUCGAUAUAAUUACAAUUCCGUUGUUGAAAUUAUGAGGGCUGAGCGCGGCCAUGGCUGGAAUCCACUACCGUGUAAUAGAUUGGAUAGACUAACCAGUGGUAUCAUGUUCAUUGGAAAACACGCCAAGGCCGCAGAAGCACUAAGUUUACAGAUAUCAGGUCGCACUGUCAGAAAAGAAUACAUAGCACGAGUAAAAGGAAAGUUUCCAGAUGGAGAAGUAGUAUGUGAUAUGCCAAUUCUGCAGAUAUCGCCAAAAUUGGGGUUGAAUCGUGUUAGGGCAAAUGGCAAAGCUGCCCGCACGGUUUUUAAGCGCCUGGCAUACUAUCCUCCCGAACAGGAUGAAGACAACUCCGAACAGACAGAGCUAGAUCGAUCGACAAAGGAAGGCUACUCGAUCGUCAGAUGCCUUCCAGUCACUGGUCGUACGCAUCAGCUCAGGGUUCAUCUACAGUUUCUAGGCCAUCCUAUUGGCAACGAUCCUAUAUAUUGCAAUCAACGUGUAUGGGGAACAAGACUUGGAGCAAAUGACUCGGACGCAACUCAGGAUACGGAUGAAGACAUUAUUACUCGUCUCUCGAGGAUGGGCAAGUCAGAAGUUGCUGAUGCUGUAGCCUACCAUGAUGAAAUGGUAGACGAAUACAAUAAGAAGAAAGCAGAGAAGAUGUCCGGGGAGCUGUGUGAAGUAUGCCAGACCCCAUUAUAUACCGACCCUGGUGAACAGGAGCUGUCUCUAUGGCUUCACAGUCUUCGUUAUGAAGAUGCUGGAGGGUCUUGGAGUUAUGUGAGUCCUCUCCCAGCCUGGGCUUUACCUCCUGACGGUAUGGAUGGACCAACCGAAGUUGGAGGUAUGGAAGAAUUAGUUGAGGCAGUGAAGGAAGAUAACCCCGAAAUUGCAUGA